UGCCGGCGUAGAAUGACAGACAUGAAUCCUGAUAACUAAACCAAGAAGCUAAUUAUUAUCGAUCUCAUUUGUUUAUAUUUAUUAAAAAAUCAAUAAAACAUUUCUUUUUUUGUUGACCUGCAUGAUUAAAUUCAGAUAAAAAAAAAAAAAAAAAAUGAAUCAAUCAGAAGAGAUAUUGGAACGUUUAAAAAAAAUUGAAUGCAUAUUUACAUGGGAAUUGGAAACAUUGAAUGAAAUUGAAGACGAUUCAAAAACUCAUGACGAUGAAAAUUUUGUACCAUUAUUAUUAUGGAUUCGUUCCUUAGUACAAGUGUAUGAGAGUGUACAAAAAAAGAAUUUCUCCGAAGCAAAAGAAUCUUUAAAAUUAGCAGAAGAUACUUGGAAUUCCGUAAAAGAAAAACAUGAAAAAGAUGUUUCUCUAAAUGUACUAGAAAACAUUUACAAGGGCACAAAAUGUUUUUUAUUAUUAGAGGAAAAUUGUUUCGAUGAAAUUGAUGAGAUUUUAAAAACUCUUCACAAUGAUAUUGACUAUGAAAAAAAUAUUAUGGACAGAAGUACAUUAAAUGGCUGUAAAAGUAUUGCAUGGUCAAAAUAUAAAGAAGCCGGUGAAUUUGGAAUAAAAAAUGUUAUUGAAUUCAGUCAAUUAUCAAUUAAAGACAAUGGAAAUUGUGAUGUAUGGCAUUUUAUAUUGGGAAAAAAUUUACGACGAUUAAGACGAAUGGAAAAUUUUUUAACUAAACCAACAAAAAAAGAAGAAUUGGCAUUUCAAAAAGCUUAUCAAUUAUCAAAAGAGCCAACUUUUGGUAUUUAUCUUGCACAAAUGCAUAAAGAAAAGAGAGAUAGAAAUCGUGCUUUGAAAAUAUAUAAAGAAAUUUAUAAUUCAAAGCCAGAAAGUGCGUCAAUUAAUUUACGUUUAGCGCUUGGUUUUAUAAGAUUAGGAUGUCUUCCAUUAGCGAAAAAAUGUCUCGAUUUUGCUGAAUCGCGAGUUCCUGAUGAUUCCAUGUUUUUGCAUUAUAAAGGAAUUUAUUUGGAGAAUAUAAAAAAUUUUAAAGAAGCUGCAAUAUAUUUUAAAAAAGCGAGUACUGGUUUCAAUUACGGAGCCGAAAAUUCAUUUUUAAAAUGUCAAGCAAAAUCUGGAGAAAAAUAUGAUUUUGUAAAACAUUUAGAAGAAAUGUUGGUAACUUAUGUAAAAUAUGAGAGUAGAAUAUUGGAUAUUUAUUUACAAUUGGCGGCUUGUUAUUACAUGUGCAAUCACGAUCUUUCAAAUGCAGCAAAAUAUUAUUUACUGGCGUUUGAAAAGUUUCCCAAUAAUUCAAUAUUUGAGUUACAUCAAUGCAUUCUUGGAGGGCGAACUUGUAUUUAUACUUUUCUUUCAACAGAUUUUUUGCCAAAUGCAUUUUCUAGUAAAAAUUUAGAUAUUGAGACAAUAAAAAUUUGUAAAAAGUUAAAAGAAAUUUGUAAUAAUCGUGAACGAAAUCAACAAAAGGAAACAGAGUUGAAUUUCAGAAAAAUGAGUCUUUCUUAAAAUAUGUAUUAAUUUUUGUUUCAUUAUUUUAUAUAUUGUUAUCUUGUUAAGAAACGAAAGUUACGUUCUUUUUCAUAGUAUAUUAAAAAAAAAAUUAUAUUAUACAACUAGAAUAUAUUCUGAUUAUGUAUAUUUUAUACAAUAAAAGAAACAAAAAUUUAUAAAA